AUUUUACUCAGGCCUUUCUUAGGAGUAUAAGGAAUGAAAAUCUAGAGGGAAAUUCGAUGCAGGAGGGCGGUCCUCCACUAGCCUUCUGGGACUGCGUCUGUGCCUCUGCAUCCUCACUUCCGUUACCACCGAGCCGGCGCCACAGUUUCUCCACGCGGAAUUAUGGGAACUCGUCAGCUUCAGAUUGACUUGUUAGCCAUCUGUUCCCCUGGGUUUGAGUUAUUUUAGCCAGGGACCUCUAAAAUGUCCCCUAGAUGCUUUUGAGAUUGACAGUAUUUGAGGAGACAAGGAAGAAGUGAAGUUUGAAAGGCUUUACGCCUCCUGGAAGGAACACUAAAUGAUGAACACUCUCAAGGAGGCGGUGACAUUCAAGGAUGUGGCUGUGGCCUUCACUGAGGAGGAGCUGAAGCUGCUGGACUCCUCCCAGAGGAAGCUGUACCAAGAGGUGAUGGUGGAGAAUUUUAGGAACCUGCUCUCAGUGGUUAUGCCUUCUCAGGGCAGUGACCUUCCUCCAAAGGAACAAGAGAAAAUGGCUGGAUUUCAGGAGGCGGUGACAUUCAAGGAUUUGGCAUUGGUGUUUACUACAGAAGAACUGGGGCUGCUGAACCUCACGCAGAGAAAGCUGUACAAAGACGUGAUGCUGGAGAACUUCAAGAACCUGGUUGCUGUGGGGCGCUUUCCCCACAAAGCACAUGUGGUGGCUCUACUGGAAGCAGAAGAAAAGCUUUGGCUGAAGAAAACAGAAGCCCAAAGAAGUAGAUAUCCUGGCAGCAGGAGUGAACAUGAGUCGGCGACUACUGGGAGACGUGCACUAAAACACCUUGCCCAGGAAGAGCUGUCUUGCUGGCGCAUCUGGAAACAGGUUGCGCAGGAACCGACCAGGUGUUUUCAGAGGAGGCGUUCUCAAGCACUGCAAGAUGAUUCCGUUCUGGUUUCUGACAACAACGGCAAUACAGGGAAUCCCGAAGGAGAUAGCUCCAGCUGCCUUGAACAUGAAGACUUUUCAGUCUCAAGAACUCAUAAUUAUUGCCAAAAUAGGUGUCUGCAUAAUUCACAGAACCAGAGCAGAAAUAAGCCGAUCUGUGUGAAGUGUGACCUGUGUGUGUUUGCAGAUUCGAGGAAGAAAUCAUCGCUUUGUAAGCAGCUUAAAAGCAACAGAGGACAGAAGCCCUACAGAUGUGAGAGCUGUGGAAAGAGUUCAGCAGCAGCGAGGGUCUCAUCAUUCACUGCAGAGCUCACAAGGGAGAGAAACCAUUCCUGUGCUGACACCGGAGAGAAGCCCUGUAUGCGUAAGGAAUAUGGGGAAGGCUGCCGCCAGGAUUCCAGCCUUCAAGUCCAUCAGAGUAGCCACACUGAAGAGAAGCAAUUCAAAUGUGAAACCUGUGGGAAGGGGUACAGUCGGUCCUCGAGGCUUCGCGCCCACCAGAGAGUUCAAACUGGAGAGAAAUCAUACAAAUGUGAAGUGUGUGGGAAGGGCUUCCGCUAUAGUUCAAAUCUUAAACAACACCAAGUAACACACACUGGAAAGAAACCGUCUAAGAGUCUGGAGUGUGCGAAAGGCUUCAGUUGUGGGUCGGAUCCUGCUUCUCAGAGGGUCCACUCAGAGAAGAAAGUCUACAAGUGCGAAGAGUGUGAUAAGAGCUUUAGUCAGCUCAGUGAUUAUCAGUCACACCAGCAAGUUCACACUGGAGAAAAACCACACCAGUGUGAGGUGUGUGGGAAGGGCUUCAGUCGCUUAUUUGGCCUUCAUUCCCAUCAGAGAGUUCACACUGGGGAGAAGCCAUACAAGUGUGAUGUGUGUGGAAAGAGCUUUAGGUACAGUUCUCAGUUCAUCUACCAUCAGAGAUGCCACACUGGAGAGAAACCCUACAAAUGUCAGGAGUGUGGGAAAGGCUUUGGCAGGAGCACAGAACUUCGCCACCAUCAGAGGAUGCACACAGGAGAGAAACCUCACAGAUGUAAGGAGUGUGGAAAGGCCUUCAGUUUGCCCUCCAAUCUUCGAGUCCAUCUGAGCAUUCACACGAAGGACAAACUCUUCAAGUGUGAGGAGUGUGGGAAGGGCUUCAGCCAGCGCUCGCGUCUUCAAGCCCACCAGAGAGUUCACACUGGAGAAAAACCAUACAAGUGUGAUAUAUGUGGGAAAGGCUUCAGUCGCUCCUCUGGCCUCCAUUACCAUCACAGAGUCCACACUGGGGAGAAGCCAUACAAGUGUGAUGUGUGUGGAAAGGGCUUUAUAUACAGUUCUCAGUUUACCUACCAUCAGAGAUACCACGCUGAAGAGAAACCUUUCAGAUGUCAGGAGUGUGGGAAAUUCUUUGACACCUGCACGGACCUUCGCCACCAUCAGAGGGACCACAUGGGAAAGAAACCUCACAAAUGUAAGGAGUGUGGAAAGGCCUUCCGUUUCCCCUCCAAGCUUCGAGUCCAUCUGAUUACUCACACGAAGGAGAAACUCUUCAAGUGUGAGGAGUGUGGGGAGGGCUUCAGUCAGCUCUCAAGUCUUCAAACACACCAGAGAGUUCACACUGGAGAAAAGCCGCACAGAUGUGACAUCUGUGGGAAAGGCUUCAGUCACGGUUCCCGCCUUCAAAACCAUAAGAAAAUCCACACCUAAGGAAAGCAGCAGAGCCGGUGUGAUCAUGCAUGCCUGUGAACCCAUUGUUGAAGAGGCCGAGGCUGGAAGAUGAUAGAUUUGUGGUCUGCCUUGGCUCCAGAUAUGGCACUUUCUUAACUUUUGUGCAUGUGCCCAUCUACUCCAUUAAAACGAUAAUAUACCAGAGUAACACCUAGAACUCAUUUUUAGGGAAGAAAUACAGGCAGUGGUCAUCUUGGCAAGACCGAAUGAAUACCAGCAAUCUUCUUUCAGUGUACUGUGCGCCAAAAGGUACCAGGUGAACCAGCACUCACCAAGUGCUGACUUCGCUCUCUCUAACUAACAGUGGGCACUAUUUUCACUAAAGCCUAAAGGUGUGGAAAAUAAAACUGCUGACUAAGA